GCCAAGACUCCAAGUAGCGUUUGCAAGGGUCACGCCCGGGACCGCCCGUAUGCCCUGGCGGUUGUGGGGCCUGGCCCUGCUCCGCGCAGCUUCCUUCGAUAUCGAAGCACACGAUGCCAUUGGCCAGACAUGUGCCAGUGCGAUGGACCAAGAAGCCAUCAAGCAGAUCAAGCGCAUGAUGGGCGGGCAGGAUGCAUCCGAUGUUGCUGGUUGGGGGCAUCAGGUUGAUGACACCUACCCUGACAUGGCGCGACUCCAUUUCCAGGUGCACGACGAUGCCUCUGGCUUCUGCGCAGAGACCCGUUCCGCCCAGUGCGAGGACAACAUUUGCUUGCUUGAAGCCAUCAAGCACUUCUAUGGCAAGGUCCUGUCCGAUGAGGGCCGGAGGAUCGAGUACCCGGCCAUUGACUACAAUAUGGUGGCCAAGGGCAUCAAAUUUUCAGACGCCGACUUCCUGAAGAUGCUGAUCAAUCUGGUUGGGGAUCUUCAUCAGCCCCUGCAUGUGGGCUAUGCUGGCGACAACAGCGGCCGCAAGGUGCUGGUGAAGUUCCGGGGUCAAACUAUGUCGCUCUACGAUGUGUGGGACCAUGCCAUUUCAGAGGCUGUCCGGACACAGGAGAGCAACUAUUGGCUUGGCGGCUGGACACAUGUGCGAGCAGUGAGUAGCGAGUGGGACACGGACAAGAAGCUCUGGAAGCAGGAUGGCCCCUUCAAGAGCUUCGAGCGCUGGCUGAAUGAGGCCGUGCAGUUCUCCUGCCAGAAGGCGUACACGCACCCGCUGACGGGGCAGCGCCUGGCGGGUCCCAAUGCUGCAGCGCAGCCUGCGGAAAUCGACGAGGCUGCGUACCAGGAGUGGCGGCAUCUAUGGCUGAGACAAAUUCUGAUCGCUGGGGAGCGCACAGCCAUCGUCCUGAACGACAUCCUUGACAGCAAGGGUGCAGCAAAGCUUGCCACCGGCAGCAAGGUACAGACCAAGGCGGAGGAGGCGAAGGCCUUGGAGGAUGCCCAGUGGGAGAAGGAGCGAAGGCGCCAGAAGGAGCGGAGGACACCGUCUAUUAUCAAUCCUUCGGCUUUCUUCACCAACCUCAUCAUAGCAGUUAUUACUGUGCCGGUCUUUCUGUUGGUCGCGAACCACGGGCUGAACCCGCAGACCUAUGCCGGUCUUGUCAGGAGCAUUUUGGAGAGCGAUGCCAAGCCCAAGGGCCCUGCAGGUCCUGGGAAGCGCUUCGAAUAGCACGGAUGCCAUGGCAAAAAAGGCAUUUGCGAGAUACGCGAAGGAGCUGAUCCAAUGAUAAUUUCCUGUUCAAGCUCAGGAUGCUUCAUGACAUAUGCCACAUGUGCUGCUACCA